UCUGCUGGACUCCGUUAUUCUCUUUUCUCUCUACGCACUGUCCCUGGAUGACCUCAUCAAGUCCCAGAAACAUUUACAAAGAUGAAUAAUGAACUUGAAAAUCCUAACGGUUUAGCCACAGGGAAACAAUGGAUCGUGACACUGCUUCCUUGGAAUACAAAAGCGGAAAGCCCAAAAUGACUAACAGCGCAAUCCAAACUCAAAAUCUUCUGGGAUAGGCUCUAGUUGCAACACAGAAUCCAAGGAAACAUUUCUGACCAGAAGCUGAGUGAACAGGAAUUCCAAGGGGGGGGAAGAAAGAGAACCCAAUAACAGGCUGGAUUUUUGUUGCCAUUGUUUAGGAAGAUUAUGGAUAGGCACCAAGUGUUGCAUCUAUGCUCUCUGAACACAGUCCUCUUGGUGCUUAUUUGGACUGGCAUUUCCAAUGCUCAGAAGGAUUGCACAGGUGUGGAGUGUAAGCAGCUGGAAAAUUGCAUUGAAGAAGUGCUUGAGCCAGAUGAAUGUUGUGCCUCUUGUCUGCAGCAUGGUUGCACCUGUGAAGGCUACCAGUACUAUGACUGUGUGAAUGUAGGCUUCAUUAAUGGAAAAGUACCUGAAGGGCAGUCUUAUUUUGUCGACUUUGGAAGCACAGAAUGCUCAUGUCCCAAAGGGGGUGGCAAGAUCAGUUGCCAGUUUAUGCUGUGCCCGGAUCUUCCACCCAACUGCAUUGAUGCUGUGCUGCCAGCAGAUGGGUGCCCUCAGUGUGGAAGAAUAGGUUGUGUCCAUGAAGAUCAGAAGUAUGCAGCGGGACACACAUUCCACAUGCCUCCAUGCAAGGUUUGCCAUUGCCCCAACUCUGGAGGAGAUCUCAUGUGUUAUCUGCUCCCAGACUGUAACGAGUCUACAAUAAACCCCCACAGCCCACCUGAUGCUGGAGACAGUGAACCAGAGCGGCAUUAUGAUGAUUCCUACAGUUAUGAUCAGGAGGCACAGGAAGGAGAUGCCACUCAGGUGAAGCCUCCUAAAAAGUACUACAGUUAUUCAGCACAUAUGGAGCAAGAGAGCAUCAGCCAAGAACAAAGCGAGGAUUAUGAUUAUCUUGCAAGCAGUGUGCCUCCCCCUUCAUUAACCCAUCUUGCUUCAACCACAGAACCUCAGUUGACAACAAUCGCAAAUGCGCCUAUUUUGCAGCAUCCUGACACGAGUCACACCACUGAAAAGAGUGAGGAAAGGAUUUCUACAGCAAGCACAGUGUCGACACCCAAAGGACAGCAAGGACAUCAUCAAAUGACCACUGCAAAGAGCAUUCAAAAGGAACAAGCAGUGGUUACAAUGGAGAUGCCUAGAAGUAUGGCAGAUAUGGAGAGGAGAAAAGCAGUAGACCGAGAGAGGAGUGAGCAAGAAGAAAAUGCCCGCUUUAAAAUCAAACUGAAAAAAGACAAUAAGCAGAAAGAAAACAAAUUAUUGGUCUUAAAAGAGACCAAUAUGACUCAGUUGCAUGGGCUAAACUCUUUGCCAGAGAAACAUGAGGAAGUUAAGUCCCACAAAGUCAAGUUUAAUCCAACACAACCAUCUCUCAUUGCACUGAAAGAAGACAACAAUCAGAUAUCCUUAAAACAGCCUCAGACCCUUUAUCAUUAUCCAUCUGAAGAGGAGGUAGAUCCCAAUUCUGUUCAUACUUCCUCCAAGUUAUCAGAAGGUUCAACAAAAGAUUUAAUUGAAACUUGCUGUGCUGCUGGACAACAGUGGGCUAUUGACAACAGUGAAUGUACAGAAAUCCCUAUAAGUGGAACUGAUGGUGAUAUUUGCAGAAUUGCUCAGAAGCAGUGUUGUGUCUCAUAUUUAAAAGAAAACAGCUGCAUUGCUGGCAUGAUUGCUGCCAGGGAAGGUGAUUUGUGUGGACCGGACGAAAGUGAUACCUGCGGAGGAUCGUUUUAUAAGCAAUGCUGCGAUUGUUGUGGACUGGGCCUACGAGUAAAAAGUGAGGGUCAAAGCUGUGAGUCCAACCCAAAUCUUGGCUACCCUUGCAACCAUGUGAUGCUUUCCUGCUGUGAAGGAGAGGAUCAUCUCAUCCAUCCAGAGCUAAAGAGGCACCCAGAACCAUUGCCAACAGUGACACCUGAAAAACUUUCAGAGAUUGAGGAUCGCCAUGAAGCCUUGUCAAUCAGUAAUGAAGCCGAAUUGUCAAACAGCUUACCUGGAGAUGACCUGGAUGAGUGUCUUGCCUAUCCUGGAGAGCUCUGUCAACACCUCUGCAUCAACACAGUGGGAUCCUACAAGUGUUCAUGUUUCCCAAGAUUUACUCUGCAGGACGAUGGGCUUAGUUGCAAUCCAGAUUUUGAAGAAGAUGGACAAAACAUUGCCCUAGGGAACAGAGCUACCCUUGCACCAGAAGGCUUGAAUAUCCAGCCUGCAACUGUCAGUGUAGAGGAAGAUAAGUGUAAAGAUAAUGGUCCCUGCAAGCACACAUGUAAUACUAUGGAAGGGGUGAUUGUGUGCUCUUGUUUACCUGGAUUUGCUCUCAUGUCAGACGGGGUUUCCUGUGAAGACCUGGAUGAGUGCCUUACAGGUGUUCACAGUUGCUCCAGAAGACAAUUAUGUGUGAACACACUGGGAUCAUUCUACUGUGUCAACCACAGUGUUAUCUGUGCAGAGGGCUUUGUACUCAACAUGCACAGAAAAUGUGUGGAUAUUAAUGAAUGUGUAACAGACACUCAUACCUGUAAGAGAGGGGAACACUGUGUGAACACAAUUGGAUCAUUUGCAUGUCUUCAGCAACUAAACUGUGAAUCAGGUUAUGAACUGAAGGAUGGUGAAUGUGUAGACAUUGAUGAAUGUGAAAGAGGAACACACAGCUGCAAGAUAAACUUUGUAUGUCAAAAUACAAAAGGAUCAUUCUAUUGUGAAUCAAAGCAACGGUGCAUAGAUGGAUUUUUACAAGAUCCAGAGGGUAAUUGUGUUGAUAUUAAUGAAUGUACAUCACUUACUGAGCCAUGCAAGGCUGGAUUCAACUGCAUCAACACCGUUGGGUCUUACACAUGUCAAAGGAACCUCUUAAUGUGCAGCAGAGGGUAUCAUGCGAGCGAAGAUGGAGCCAGAUGUGUUGAUGUUGAUGAAUGUCAGACUGGUGUACACCGCUGUGGCGAGGGACAGAUUUGUCACAAUCUACCUGGAGCAUACCGCUGUGACUGCAAGAUGGGGUAUCAGUAUGAUUCAUUCAGCAGAACAUGCACUGAUAUAAAUGAAUGCUGGAAUUAUCCAGGGCGACUAUGUCAACACUCAUGUGAAAAUACUCCUGGGUCCUAUCAUUGUUCCUGUUCAUCUGGCUUUCGCUUGGCUUAUGAUGGGAAGCACUGUGAAGAUGUCAAUGAAUGUGAUAACAAUCCAUGCAGUCAAGAAUGUGCUAAUAUUUAUGGUUCCUAUCAGUGUUACUGCAGGCAAGGCUAUCAAUUAGCAGAAGAUGGCCAUUCUUGCAAAGAUAUUGAUGAAUGUGCACAAAGUGCAGGUAUUCUGUGCACUUUCCGCUGCAUCAAUGUGCCUGGAAGUUAUCAGUGUGCGUGUCCCGAUCAAGGAUAUACAAUGGCAACAAAUAGAAGGACUUGUCGAGAUAUUGAUGAGUGUGCAAUGGGAACCCACAAUUGUUCAUCAGCUGAGUCUUGUUACAAUAUUCAGGGAAGCUUCAGGUGUCUUUUGGUCGAGUGUCCACCAAACUACAGAAAAGUGUCUGAUAUGAGAUGUGAGCGUAUCAACUGCAUUAGUUAUCUAGACUGCCAGAACACUCCUUUGCGAAUUACUUACUAUCAGCUUAAUUUCCAAACUAACAUUGUCGUCCCAGCUCACAUUUUCCGCAUUGGUCCCUCGCCUGCUUAUGCUGGAGACAACAUAAUCCUUACAGUCAACAAAGGAAAUGAAGAGAACUACUUUAGCACCAGAAAGCUCAAUUCUUACACAGGCAUUGUCUACCUUCAGCGGCAAGUGAAGGAACCCAAGGACUUUUUGUUAGAUGUUGAAAUGAAGCUUUGGCGUCAAGGAACCUACACAACUUUCCUGGCCAAAAUUUACAUUUUUAUCACUUCUCAUGCCUACUGAGGCAUCUGUACUCUUAUGGGAGUUUAUUGGUGCUAUCGUCCUUAUGUUUUCUACCAAAGCGUAUUAUGAUGGCUAGUUAUAUAUUUUCUAUAAUAACCUUUUAUAUUAUUUUUUCUAAAUCAUCUUUCUUUUUUUGUACAAUUAACUUAAAAUGUAUUAACUUGUUUCCCUUAUAACUGGAUUUUUAACUGAGCAAAAGAAGGCAUUCAGCUUUAAAGUAAAUAUAUGUACAGCAGUUACGUUCUGAAACCUUCUGUUGGUAUUGCACCAGUGAUGACUUUAGAAUUAGAAACAGGGAAGCUGGGGUUGGGAGGAAGGGUGACCUAUCCAAACUUAGGCUCAUGAAAGAUGCUUAAGUGCAACUGGAUUAGGGUCAUGGACAGGUAGCAUACCAAUUCCUGCCCUCAACAAUGACUGAAGAACUAUUGCAUGGAAGACAGAUGUUCAGCAAGUGAUCUCGUUUCAUCUGCAGAACUUCUUUUGGUGCAGCUUUUAAGAAGCUCUUUAAAUGUAAUAUAUACCAAUGUGUAAUAUAUAUAUGUGCUAGGACUGCAUAGCAAAAUCUGUUUUCAGUAUGCAUCUGAAUACCAGUUCCUAGAGGGGAGAAUGCUGUUGCACUCAUAAUCAUAAUGUUGUGGGUUUCUCAUAAUCUGAUUGACCACUGUGAGAACAGGAUGCUGGACAAGAUGGGCCAUUGGCCUGAUCCACUGUUUCUAACAUAUCAGCAAAUCAGAUGUGGGUAUGUCAGGCUCGCCUCGCCUCUUUCACCUGCCUGCCCAGUUACUUCAGCUGCCUCAUCCUCCAGCUAGAAGGAAGGUAAAUGUUAGUAUGAAAACAGAGUUCACAGCCAAUCCACAGCAGAGUGACUUCUCCUUUUAGGUUCACAUCUUCAGCCUUUGAGUCCAGAGGUGUCAAGUCUGUUUUUUGUGAAAGAAAGCCCAUCUUUUCAGGCACUUUGGUCCUGUCCAGUGUUCAGGAAAAGGCAUCUUGAACAAAUUUUCUUUGGGUGAUAUCCAACAGUCAUACUGAAAAUAACCCAUUGAAAUCAAUGGACUUGAAAAACUUUAACCCAUAUUUCCUUGGGUCUGCUGUGAGUAUGACUAACAGCACAAUCCCAACCAUAUCUACUCACAACAGCACCCUAUUAAAUCAAAAUGAGGCUUACUCCAAGGUAAGCGGGUCAGGAUUGCAGUCUUAGUUAGAUAUAUAACCCGUAGAGUUUUCCACCAACCUUUUAACUAGACUAAUUUGUGUUUUUAACUCAAAUGGGGUCAAAAGCUAUUUGCCAUCAGCCAGAUCCCAACACUUGCUGUACCAGCUCAUACAUCCCUAGGACUGACAAUGGAACUCAGGAACUACAUCAUCUAGCAUAUCUAGGAUGUCACAUCAGCACUGCACAAUCAGGACCACACUUUACAUGGCCAACACAAAUUGCGGUUUCCCCUCCAGCAUGGGAAAUAUGUUGGAGGGUGGACAAUAUAUUUUCAGGUCCAGUUUCAGCACAUAGCACCCUUGGGCAAAAGCUGAGUCCCCAGCGUCCACUUCUGCUGAUAUCUCCCUCAUUGAGCUUAUGCCAGUUGCUGGGAAUCCAGGUGUGUGAGUGCUGUUGCACUCAGGUCCUGCUGUUGGGCUUCCAAUAGGCAUCUGCUUAACCACUGUAAGAACAACACUGGACUAGAAAGGCUAUUGACCUGAUCCAGCAGGGCUCUUCUUACGGCCUUAUAUUGGAUAUGUGUUUUUCCCCUCCUUUGACCUGCAUGCCACUUGGCUGCAGCAAAUCAGCAAGAGGUACAUCCUUUUAAUCCACAGGUGAGCAACCCGUGGCCACCCCUCGUGUGGCCUGUUAAGCCCGAGAGCCCCCUCCUCUUUUCUCUGCUACCCAGCUGAUCCAUCACCAGCUGGGCAGUGGAGAAAAGAUUGCUGUCAUUCCACUGAUAUUUACAGCAUGGUAACAGUGUUCUUAGCUGCAUCAGGAUUGCUGGGAUGUGGGAAUGUCCCCUGAAGGUAGGAGGCUAUGUGUAUAUGUCUGAGGAUUCUACUUGUUCAUCAUGUGUACAUGCAGCAAUUAUGUUUGCAGUGUGGAGCAGUUCUUAAAUGUGCAUGUUACGGUGUAAGAGAGACACUCAGUCUGAAAUCCUAUAUACACAUUUACCUGAAAGCAAGUCCCAAUGAAGUCCAUGGGAUUUGCUUCUUAUUAGACAUGUAUAGGAUUGUGAUGUCAAUUAAUUACUGUUGAAUGCCUUUUCUAUCCUCAUUAUUUAUAUAUGCUUAUCUACAAACAUAGGUAACUAUCUAAAAAUCACAACUUGGGGGUUUAACAAAACUGAAUAGUUAUCAGAUCUAAUGAAAUAGAGGGAUGCAUUGUGCUUUCUUGCUGAAAUUUACAUUGCAGUUUGGGUCUCUUGCCAGGUUUUAUAUUUAAAUUCCGUUCUGAAGGAGCACUUAAUUUUUGAUGUGCGGAGAAGAUGUAUUAUACUCUUUUAAGAAAAUGCCAAAGAUGAAGUGUGUCAAACCAAAGAUGCUAAAUAAUGUUAACACCUUAUUGAAUGUCAUGACUAUCCAAUUAGAACAUUAAGAUAAAACUUGAAAUAAACACAUCAUUUAUUUUCUGCUUUUCCAGAUAUGGUGGAAGUGGGAAUCUAGUUAAUUUGGCAGCUUGUACAAACCAUAUGCUAUACUAAUAGCACAAUGCAAGUUUUAAAUUGUUGUGUAGUUCCCUUAUUUUAUAGAAAACUAGAUGAGCCCCAGAUCCAUGAGCCAUAUGUACUAAUGGGUAGUUUAAUCAACAGGUUUAUUGAAAUUUCCAAAUGAAUAGCAGAAUUUUAAAAUAAAUAUUUGGAUGUGUUUUUUUUUUAAAAAAGAUAAAACAGUAUUUACUGCAAAAUGUUUACUGAAUAUUCUUUAGCACAGCUAUACAUAAAUAUUCUAUAAAAAUAUUGUUGAUAAAACAUAACUGCAACAUAUAGGAGGUUUUUUUAGCAGUAUAGUUUUAUUCUUUCCUUAUCUUGUAGUGGAUCUUAAUUUGUAUAUAAAACAAGAGAGAAGCUAAGCCUUAUGGCCUUUUUAUACAAUAGUAUAAAAAGUAUUAUGAAAUGCUGCAGUAUUAUGAAAUGUAAAAUACUAAUUUGUACUGUGGAUCAAACAUGUAAAUGUUUCUUAUGUUUAAAGGAAGAGAGGAGAAGGAAAAGAUGUGCUGUCAUCAGACUCAUUGAUCAUUGUCUUCAAUGCAAUUUUUGUCUGGAUUUCAGUAUAUAUUAAAGCAUAAGU